AGUAAGCCGUCUCUGGAGAAAGUAAACAUUGAUAUCUUUAACCUAGAUAAAAAGGUUCGGCUUCUUGAUUUCCAACAUAAGAGAGAAAACUGAGGCCCAUUUUAUACAAAUUCUACUAACAACAUAGCAAUGAGUCACUACCAUAGACCAGAUUCUCAAACCAUCCAAUCUUUGAAAGACAUUGCGAAUAAGCUGAGGAUACACAGCAUAGAAGCAACCAAUGCGAGUAACUCUGGCCACCCAACAUCAUGCUGUUCUGCAGCAGACAUCAUGUCAGUUCUGUUCUUCCACACUAUGCGUUACACCAUCAAAGAGCCACGUCACCCCAACAAUGACAGAUUCAUUUUGUCUAAAGGACAUGCCGCCCCCAUACUCUAUGCAGCAUGGGCUGAAGCUGGUCUUUUCCCAGCCUCUCAGCUCCUAGACUUGCGCAAACUCUCCUCAGACCUUGAGGGACAUCCUACCCCUCGUCUGAACUUUGUGGAUGUGGCCACAGGAUCUCUUGGCCAGGGACUGAGCUGUGCUGCUGGUAUGGCAUACACAGGAAAAUAUUUUGACAAAUCUGACUAUCGUGUUUAUUGCCUGAUUGGUGACGGUGAGAGUGCAGAGGGAUCCAUCUGGGAGGCUCUAGCCUUUUCUAGCCGCUACCAGCUAGACAACCUCGUUGCCAUCUUUGAUAUCAAUCGUUUGGGUCAGAGUGAGGCCACAAGUCUUGGCCAUGACCUGGAUGUGUACAGAGCAAGAGUGGAAGCCUUUGGAUGGAACACAUAUGUUGUAGAUGGUCAUGAUGUGGAGGAACUGUGCAAGGCUCUAUGGGAAGCAAGCCAGGUCACUGGGAAACCUACUUGUAUCUUAGCUAAGACUUACAAAGGCCAGGGUAUUCCAGGUGUUGCUGAUUCUGAUAACUGGCACGGCAAGCCAUUGGGAGACAAAGCUAAAGAGGCAAUAGAAGCAAUCAAACAAAACAUUGCUAACCUUGACACUCACAAUAUCAUUGCCCAACAGCCAAACUUGGAUCUGACCCCUAUCAACACUAAAGCUCUUCUGUCUGCCCCACCUUCAUAUAAAAUGGGAGAGAGUGUUGCUACAAGAUUAGCAUAUGGCACAGCUUUGGUGAAGCUUGGUAAAGCUAAUAAUAGAGUUGUAGCAAUGGACGGGGAUACUAAAAACUCCACAUAUUCCCAGAAGUUCAAGGAUGCAUUUCCCGAUCGCUUUAUUGAGUGCUACAUUGCUGAACAAAACCUGGUGGGAGUUGGAAUUGGCUGUGGUACUCGUGAUCGCACUAUUCCUUUCAUCAGCACAUUUGCUGCUUUCUUCACUCGUGCAUUUGACCAAAUCCGCAUGGGUGCCAUCUCUCAGACCAAUGCAAACUUUGUGGGUUCUCAUGCUGGUGUCUCCAUUGGAGAAGAUGGUCCCUCUCAGAUGGCUCUAGAAGACAUUGCCAUGUUCCGCUCUGUCCCUGGGUCCACAGUGUUUUACCCCAGUGAUGCUGUGUCUACAGAGAGGGCUGUGGAGCUGGCAGCCAACACUAAAGGCAUCUGUUUCAUCAGAACCAGCAGGCCAAAUGUGCCUGUCAUUUACAACAAUGAAGAGGAGUUUGUUGUUGGAAAAGCUAAGAUUGUGAGACAAAGCACCAGUGAUGUCGUGACUGUAGUAGGAUCUUGUGUGACCCUGUAUGAAGCCCUGAAAGCUGCAGAUAUUUUAGCCCAGAGCAAUGUCAACAUCCGAGUCAUUGAUCCCUUCACCAUCAAACCCAUUGAUGGAGCAACCAUUUUAGCCAGUGCUCGUGAGACAGGUGGAAAAGUUAUCACUGUGGAGGACCACUACGCAGAAGGUGGUAUUGGUGAGGCUGUUGCAGGAGCCCUCAGCGCCUAUCCAAAUAUAACAGUGAAGAGGCUGUUUGUGCCAGAAAUACCACGCAGUGGCAAGUGUGAGGAACUGAUGGAGAAGUAUGGCAUUAGUGCUUCUUGCAUUGUCAAAGCUGUCAACAGCAUUCUGUCUGCCUAAAGCUUUUCAUUUAAAGGAACAUUAAUGCCUGCAGUGUGGCAAUUAGGUAUUUGAAAAAUCAUUGGACAAAUUUAGGUGUUAACAAAGGAUUUAGUUUCAUUGCUUGCAUAAUUUUACUUGUUAAACCAUUUGUAUAUGGUGCAAUAACUUUUGCAUCUAAGUUGUCAUCAUCCAUUUAGCAUUUUUUUUUGUUUUACCAAUCUUUGAUCUGUAUUUUCUAAAAAUCAAUUAAUUUAAGAGGCAUUUUUCCAUCCUUGUAAAUUAUAUUUUAACUUUGCGAUAACUUUGCUUUGGUGUUUAUAAAGUUUCUAAUGUACUGGGGUUUUUUUUAUUAAUGUAAUUAUCAAAUUUAGGAAACACAAAUAUUCAGACGUUAGGUACAUUCCCAUUUGCAUUGUAUUGCAAAAGAUCUGCUUUAGUUUAUUCAAUUUUUUUGUAUUAGUUACAUUACAAAUUACAGUAGUUUAUAAAUUAGAAUUAUUUAGUGAGCAAGGUAACUUGUCUGUAAUUAAUUAGACCAGUAACUUUGUUUUUAUACAUUUUUGUAUAUUUUGUCAUACGUGUUAAUUCAGUAUAGCAGAUGAUUUGUUUCUUCUAAUAAAAAUGUUGGAAUCA